GGGUCAGGUGUGACGUGCCCUUUGUAAAUCCCCGCUGCCUGUUGCCUUCGCAUCCUUCAGGUGCUCGACAGCGAUUGCUGGGAGGAUUUGCUCCAUCACCUUCCCAGGGACAGAGGUGCCAGAGGUGCCGUUGGGCAGGCGGCAGUUCACCAAACCCUCUUUCUCCCCUGCUCAAAGUUGUGUGGGACGUUUGCCUUCUCCCCUUCAUCAGGAACCUCCCAAUUGCUACGAUCUUCCAAAGACAUGAGGGAGGAGCCUUGCCAUGGCACUGGCGAGCUCCCUCAGCAUCCUCGAGUGCUUGGCACCCGGUCCUGUGGGCUUGUGUAUGUGUGCCCUAAGUCACCCUUCCUCUAGGAUGGGCGAUGCCUCAGUCCGGAGUUCUGGAGUCAGGAAUGCAUGGGUCGGGAUCAAAGGCGGAUGAACAGACAGGGUCCUCCUCAGACAUCGGACACUGAAGAAGGAGGCUGACCCUUUGAUCCCUCAGCUUUUACACUGAGCAUGGGGCAGAUGGGAUGGGAUACCCCUGUAGGUCAAUUUUGGGUCACCUGUCCUGUCCGCUCCUCCCCGCAGGUGGGACCCCUCUGCGCUUUUCCAUUUCCGACCCUCCAACUGGGCAAAUAACAAAAUUAGCUGACCUUGGUUGUUACAGCAGUAAGUAUAAGCAAGAGCCUCUGUGCACACCAUUCCUUGGCACUAACUGUAAACAUUGGUCUUAUCACGCUGAGAAGGAACCAUUUUCGGCACCACGUGCUGUUAAUUUCAGAGCGUUAGAAGAGGCCUAGCUAAGAAGUAAAAUUACUGCAUGGAAAGUUGUUUCUGUCUUUACCUCAAACCAGGACACCGCUGCAGCCUCUGCUGCUGGGACCGGGGACCUGGGAGCCUUGAGGGCAAACCUCAGCAGUAACGGCUGCGUCAAAGGCGGCCUGGAGUACCUCAGCUGCUCCGGGUUUGUGGUCACCAAGACCUGAGAGGUUUGACGGCCUCACUGGCCAGCAAGAGCCCGGCUGCGGCAAGCCCCGCUGUGCCACCAGUGCCUGUGGGACACUGAGCUGGCAUCUGCCGGAGCUGCCUGGGGUGGGGGGAGCCAGGGAGCUGUGAGUCACCCUCUCUGCUACAGGGAAUUUUCUUCUGUUUCGCCCCUGGAAACCUGCUGCACUUAAUAAAUUCAAUCUCUAAUAAAUUCAAUCUCGAUAAAUUCCGGCCUCCUUCCUCAUUCCAGCUCGGCUCAGCCCCGCUCUGACCUGACAGACACGGAGGGGCUUUCCAGAGGUGUAGCUCAGGGCUGUCGAAACCUGACGCAUCCACCCAGCGCUGCCUGGUGCCUGGGAGACCUCCCGGGUGCCCUGCGUGGGAGGGCUCUGCUGCUUUCUGCAAGUUGCUGGCCGCCGCAAAAGACGCUUUCGUUUUCAUUUUUCUCGGUGCCUGGAACUGUGCGGCUCCACCCGUGGCACCAGAAGCCACUGCGGUGCAGGGGCUCCCAGCCCCCGCGGCGGCAGCAGCUUCCAAGAAGAGCCGCGGCCGCCCAGGCUGGAGCCCGGAGCCCAUCAGCGGCAGCGCAGGGAACCCAGGCAGCAGCCGGUCCCGCGGCUGGUUGGUAACCGCUCCGAUGUCUCAGGAACCCCAGCAGCCAAGACAACCCACCGCCCUGCUCAUCCCCAAGGCCCGGGGCGGGCGAGCGCAACGUGCCACGUACCUGCUGCUGGCCCUGUGCGCCGCCGCGCUGUACCUCGCCGGGGAGCCCCUCACGCCCGCCGCCCGCAGCCUCACCUUCCACUUCGUGGCCCUGGAGAUCAGGGCGCUGCUCAAGGGCAUCUGCUACCUGGCCGAGGAGAUCUUCCACCUCCAAUCCAGGCACCGCGGCAGCUUCUGGAGGGCCCUGAGCGCCUGCUUCUCCCUGCGCUGGCACGGGCCCCUGCUGCUCGUCUGUGGCUCAGCCUACGUGGCUCUUCGCGAUGGAGAUGGGCAGCCACUCGGCCUCCACCUCGGCCUCGUCAGCUUCUGCGAGCUCCUCGUCCUGGCUCUGGGGCUCCAGAAGCCCUCAGCAGUGGAAAUAUCCGAGAUGUCUGAGAAGUCCAAGCAGAAUGUCGCUCACGGGCUGGCCUGGUCUUAUUACGUUGGGUACCUAAAAAUAGUCCUGCCACGGGUGAAAAAGUCGAUGGAGGAAUUCAGCAGAGCCAACCCCAACGCGCUGGUAUGCAGGGAGACCUGGAAGCUCCACAUCUUGGUCCCUUUGAGCUGUGACAUCUACGAUGACCUGGAGAAAGCUGACAGCAAUAUCCGGUACCUGACAGACCUCACCGAAACCACCCUGACUCGAGCUGGCACCAAAAAAAGGGUCUACAAACACAGCCUCUACACAAUCCGGGAUGAAGACAAGCUCUGGCACUGCGCGGUGGAGUACGCCACCCCGCUGCAGUCCCUCUACGCCAUGUCCCAGGACGAGGGCGCUGCCUUCAGCCGGGAGGAACGCCUGGAGCAGGCCAAGCUUUUCUACAGGACGUUGGAGGAGAUCCUGAAAGGCUCCAAGGAGUGCGUGGGCACCUACCGGCUCAUUGCGUACGAGGAGUCGGGCGAAGCAGAGACCCACUUCUUGUCCAGAGAGAUCCUCUGGCACCUCCGGCAGCAGCGUCAUGAGGAAUACACCCUGCGCGAGGGGAACCAGCCGCACAAUCCAUCCACGACCCUCAGCUCAACGGAGCUCAACAUCCAGAUAAGUGAGUCGGAUCUGCCACAGCCCCUGCGAAGCGACUGCUUCUGAAGCACCAGCGCCGCCCAGCCCCUCACCGCCACCUCGGGGCUCCAGUCCCCCUUCCCCAAGCCCCUUCCUCUUCCAGCAAGUGCUGCCCAUGGUAGCGAUCCCCAACCUCCUGCAGGAACUGCCCACCAAAGCCUCCUGCGCGUCGUGGUUACUGGAAACAGCUGACUCAAACCACAGUCCUGUGACACACUUCCCGUUUUCUUUGUUAUAUGUAUCUCAUGUAUGAAUCUGUGGGUGUUUUGGUUUUUUUCAUCUGCUUUGAUUCAUAUCG